AUGUCCGCCGCGCUGGCAGCCGCCACCCCGCCCCGCCGCGUGGUCAUCUGCGGCGGCGGCGUGGUGGCCGCGUGCACGGCCUACUUCCUCUCCACCCACGCCGUGUCCCCCACCGUCCCGACGCUCAUCGAGGAGUGCGCCCCGGCGUGCGCCGCCUCGGGGAAAGCCGACGGCUUCCUGGCGCUCGACUGGGUUUCAUUUUCUUUUGAUUUCUUUUCACUAGCGGCAGCACCCUUUUCCCCCACGGUGAGGAGGUCCCGAAACCCUGAAACCCUAGAUCUCCUGUCUUCUUCUGAACUUUCUUUCUCUCAGCCUCACGAGCACGCGCCCGACGGCGGUACAGUGGUCCACCCGGGCCUCUUCACCAAGGCCGUCCUCGCCGCGUCGUGCGCCGAGGUCGUCAUCGGCGAGGUGGAGCGCGUCGUGGCCCGGGACGGCCGCGUCGCCGUCGUCGUGGUGAAGGGGCGCGACGCCGUGGUGGACGCCGACGCCGUCGUGCUCGCGCUUGGCCCCUGGUCUGGCCGCCUCGAGGUCGUCGCCGAGGUGUUCGACGUGUCCGGGCUCAAGCGCGACAAAGAUCGUGCUCCGCCAGCAUGA